AGCGACCGCCAGGUUCCGGCGAUGGCGGUCCGGCUGCUUUCGGUUUCGCUUCGCUCGCCUCAGAAGCGAGGAGAAGGCCGGGCCGGGGCCUAAGCGCGGAUCCUCCGUACGUAACCUGUUCAUACUCUCUGCUGGGUGAUGCUGUGGCAACUUCAGGAAGGGACUUGAAGUAGAAGUCUUCAGUCAGAAGCUCUUACUUUUUCUGGAAAGUGAGCUUCCAGAAUUACUGUCUUUUCACGGGAGUUUUACCUUGGUAAAGGCAUACUGGACGAGUAGCAAGUAUUGCCUUCCUUGCAAGGUGCUUUUAGGAUGUCUGAAGACGAUGAAAAAGUUAGGCUCCGUCGAAUUGAACCUGCCAUUCAGAAGUUCAUUAAAGUGGCAAUUCCAACAGAUUUGGAAAGAUUAAGAAAACACCAAAUAAAUAUUGAGAAGUAUCAAAGAUGCAGACUCUGGGACAGACUGCAUGAAGAGCACAUUAAUGCAGGACGAACAGUUCAGCAACUUCGAGCCAAUAUGAGAGAGAUGGAAAAACUUUGUUUGCGAGUCCGACAGGAAGACAUCCCAGUUCUGCAACGGAUGAUAAAUCCAGUGAAAGAUGAAGCUUCAUCUGCCAUAAAACACUUCCUGCAGCUCCAUUCUGAAUCUGCAGAAGAACUUAAAAGGCAACUAGAAGGACAGGAAGAUGCCUCCUUAACCAGAUCUGCAACUGUGGGAGGAGAAACUUCAUACAACGCAGAAACAAAUGAUGGGUCUCAAAGUUUAAUCCAGAUGUGUUCUCCCCUUCCUGAGAUACCUCAGAAUGAAAAUGCAGCUGAGUCCUGGGAGACGUUAGAAGAGGACUUGAUUCAGCUCAGCCAGUUGGUGACUGACUUUUCUGUGUUAGUCAGUUCUCAGCAGGAGAAGAUUGACAGGAUUGAAGACCACGUCAACAGUGCUGCUGCGAAUACAGAGGAGGGAACCAAAAACCUGGCCAAGGCUGCAAAAUACAAGCUGGCAGCUCUGCCUGUGGCAGGUGCAGUCAUUGGAGGAGUGGUGGGGGGUCCUAUUGGUCUCCUUGCAGGCUUCAAAGUGGCAGGAAUUGCAGCUGCACUUGGUGGUGGGAUUUUGGGUUUCACAGGUGGAAAACUGAUACAAAGAAGAAAACAGAAACAGAUCGAGCUGGUCUCUUGCAGCUGUCCAGAGCUUUCUUGCCAAAGUGCCAAAAAAUCCAGCUGAAGUAUAGACUCAUUACAAGGAACAGAAGUACAGUAGCUGUGCUAAUGACAGACUUGCAGCCUCCUGCUUUAGAUUUGAGGCUGAGGUGUGAAUUCUGCAGCAGUACAGUUACGUGGGAAGGGUGAAACAGUAAUGUCAGAAUUUUGGAGCUUUCUGUUUUCAGAUGUGAUAAGUGACUUUCAAUCUUUUAACUCUUAAGAACUAUAGGGUAACUUUUAAUGAUAAAAUUCUUAAAGGAGAUAUGUGAACAGCUGACGGGUGACAGGUGCUUCGAGCCAAAUUUGCACAAAAUACCUUUCAGAUAAGGAGAUUUAGAAAACUAGUGCUUUCUCAUGAACACCCUCCCCAGAAGCCAGAGCUUGUAUUAUAUUAUUAAAGUAAUUGUUGUAUAUUAUUCUAAACUCCUGUCCUCCUGAGGCAGGAAGAUAAGCUCCCAUCUAUCCUUUAUGUUCAGGGCACUUUAAAAUCUCCUCUCCGUUAUCUGGAUUCCCAAACUCCUCCUGUGUAUACCACCAGGACACAGGGAAGCACUGUUUUCCAUAGAGUAAGGUUAAAACACUGGGUGAGUAAUGUGGAAAAACAUAUGUAUAUCCAGCAUCUGUCUGCAUCAGCCAGCUCAGAUCAGCAUCUUUUAUUUAUUUUAUUUUGUGUACUCCUCAGUUAUUCAAACCAUAGUUAAGACUUAAAUAGCCUAAGAAGCAGCACUGGGGGAAAGAGUCAUUUUCCAUGGCUCUUCAGCUCCUUGUCUCAAGAACGUUGCUCAGAAUGAAGUGCCAAACUCCAGCACUCUGAGCCAGGAGCCUCAGCUGCCUUUAGGAGUGCUCAGGGCCAGCUGCUGCCCUCGCUUCUCCUGUCCUGGCACCAGCAGUGCCAUAGAGGGAGAGCUUUGCUGGAGGUGUGCUUCUUCCAUGGCCUUUAUUCAGGGGUGGGUAUCUUUUAUACCAAGGGUGGAUGGAGAAGCAGCAAGUCCUGGUGAGAAAUGUGUUCAGUGGGGCAGCACUGAGACUUGUGCUCUGUUCCCCCUGUAAGGCUGCCUCUGGGCCUUUUCAGUGGAGAUUUUGGGGCGUGUUGUUAGAACUUCCUCUAGCUUUUUACAGAAAUAUUCUGCCUUCCUGAUUUCAGUGCUUCAGAAGCCAUUUGCUUCUGUAACCUCUGCUGUUGCACACCAGAGUGCUAAUGCUUUUAUUUUUGCAUUGUCUUACUGUUAUGCAUGUAGUCCUACCUCCAUCUUUUGAGAAUGGUUCCCACACUAUUGCUGCUGCUGGUUGGGGGAACAGAAGUUGGAGCUGGGGGGCUGCUGCUUUAAGUUUCACACUGUUCAGCUCCUCCUGAGCUCUGUGGGAUUAGUCCAGUCCGGUUCUAAUAGUCACACACCUUUGCUCUCAGGCUCCCUGGCAGGGAAUGCUGGAUACAGAAGCAACCUGCAUACAGAGAGCUCCCUUUUGUUAACCAUGAAAAGAACCAUCUGCUAAUGACAGAUGAUAGGUUUUUGUGCCUAGAGACACAGUAAGCAACUGUUAAUUACAGCACAAGCAUCUUUUUCUGAACAGUUCUUCCAUACUACUUUUACAGUGCGAUUGGAAUUGCUAUCAGCCAGAGCAACGCAUCUGUUUUAAGUAGGGCUGAGGCUUAGGGAAGCAACGUGUACGAGAACAGUUCUCACAAGUAAUCAUGAACAUUGUCAACACUGUGUGUGCUGAAGCCACAGUGCCUACGUCUGUAAAAUCAGCAGGAGUGGGAAAUGCGAGCCGGGUAAUUCAGCACGUUUCCUCCUGUCAUGCAAAAAACUUCUUCUUUAAAUGCACCUACUUUGGAUGUAAAUAUAUCCAAUGAGUUUGUAACAGCUUCAUGUGAAGGCUGUUAAUUCCAGUGACUGGUGAUUUCUACAUUUAAAGAAAGCAACCAAGGAAGAAGUGCUUAAAUGGAAACUGGCCGGAUCUGCUUUCCUACUAUCUGAUUCUGAGCCCCAUGCAUUAAAUGGCAGCAGACACCGCAGGACCUCCUCGCUCCCCCUAAGGCUGGGACAAUCCACACCACCAAAUGGAACUUCUGCCACUGCUCAGCCAGGGUCAGCUUCCCCCAUGCUCUCUUCAUAAAGCAUCUCACACAAGGACUGUUCUUCCUUGAGGCUUUAAGGAAGCAAUUUCAAACCACUGUGCACACACUAAAUGUGGGGGGCUAUUACUUAAGCUAUGAUUUUAUUUUAUUUUUUAAAUGGAUGAGUUACGUACAUGAGCAAAAAAAUACAGGCACCUGAGUAAGUACACUGCAUUCAGAUUGGUAAGCAGAUUGGUUAGAAGAUAUGUAAGCUAUACAUAAUGCUUCCUGACCAAACCAAAGUUUUUGCUCAUCUGCAUAGAACUGAUUUAGAAUGUCAGAUUUUAUUCCCUUUUUGACAUCAAAAAGUUCAGUCCUUCAAUAAAUCUGUUAUUAAAAUUAUUAUUAACACUAAAGAAUCCUGUAUUGAGUUACUAAACUACGUACUUCCACUGUAAAAUAUGAACAUUGACUGAAAUCAACACAAGUUCCCAAAGCAUUCCAGGCAUUUUAAGAACUGGUGCAGAUCUGGUACUUCAAACCAAUUGCUUUGAGAUCAAUGUGAGUUUGGAACAUUUUUGUUCUGUGUGGGGAUAAUGCUCCUGUUGUUUGAUAGCUUCCCAGGAGAGCCUUGGGGAGCGGUUUGCCAAGCACUAAGGGGCUGAAACCAAUGUUGUAGAUCAGAGUUUAUCAGAGUUUAAACACCUUAUUGCUCUACUGAGGUAAAUUCUUUGUAUCUUAUGAUACUUCAAGAGCUCAGCUGCUGCUGACCGUUGUGUUAGGCGUAACUAGACUUCUGCUGUUCAACACUGCUUGCAAAUAGAAAAAAAAUCACUUAAAAGUUCACACAUCUGUGAUCACCAAGAACCCAGGAGAAUCAGGUCCUACUCCAACAAACACACGAUGAUGUGACUUCAGCACGCACCUGUCAACUAACUGGCACACUGUGCAGGAAUUGUCCAGAGCUCCUGGAACAAGUCCUUGCUCAGAAGAGCAAACACAGCAUAAGAAAGGGGGCUGGAUGUGGGCUGGCGUAUCUGAUUUUCACAGGAAAAGCCAUUGGAUCACUGGACAUAGAAUGAGGCUCUAUCUCUCUCCAGCAAGAGAAACUCAAAUGUCACCCACCAAAUGUCAUAAGAUGAGCCCCUAUAGGCACCAUGCAAGAAUUCCAGCCUUAAAAACUACCCUGAUGACAGCUUUGGAUUCAAGCUGAAGGUGGCACGAUAGCUGCUAAAAAUGCUUGACUUGCUAUUAAACAGAAGACCUGGCUUUCUGAAACUUAAUGUAAACUCCAGAAUCACAAAACAGAUAAAAAAAAAACAAAAAAAUCCACAAGAGAAGAAACCCACCAACUUCACAACAGUCUUGCAGUGAGCUACCAGUUCUGCAUCUGCUCAGUUAGCUGCAGCUUAGCGCUGAGAGCACUAAACUGUGUCCUCUGCAGCUGGCUGUGGAUGCAGGUGCUCGACUGAGCAGACUGCUGGGAGCAGUGCUUGCACAGCUGCACAGCCCCACAUCACUCUUCUGUCACAGACCUGAGGAGCUGACCUGAGAGGAAAAGGAAUCCUGAGUAGUGAACUGCAGAAGUUGGGGCACUCACUGAAGUAAAUAGGAACCCACUGAGAACCACACGCCCAGAGAAGCAGCUUGCCUCUUUGGUGCCCCAAGUCACAGACUCGGAUGCUCACAGCAUGUGCUGUGCAAAUUAGAACUAAUUAGUCUCCAGCCAUGCCCCCUGAACUAACAGGUGUUUUUUGCAUCUUACUGUUUCUUUAUGUUCACCUCACCAAGCAGCUUUUACAGUUGUUGAGAUAAGUAUUAUGUAUUAGACACAACAGAAAAGCCCACAAGGAUAACAGUUCCUUCUUCAGAGCAAAAUUCAGAGUAACCAAUGAGGGAAAAGCCAUACAAGAGUAUCACAAUUUAGAAUGCUAACGCUUGCAUAGUCAUGGUGCUGUGUCUGCCCUACUCUUCUGCUCUGAAUUGUCUCUAACACUGUUGUUGU